AUGUACAUAUCGCGCCAGCCUGCGAUGUGCCGCUGGCUCUGGCUGGUUCUGGGCUUCUGCUGUGCAGACCUUGAGCCUCUAUCAGUCGAUGACGAGUGCCAGUCGGGAUCGGAGUCCUGCGCCCUCCAAGCGCUUCAGCUUCGCAAGCGGCUCCCGAGAGAGGUGAAUCUGGAGACGCUGUGCUCCAAAGCCGACGGUGUUUGUGCACUGCUCUCCGACCAGGGGCCGGGUAGGCACUCGCUGACACUGUCCGACUUACGCAUGCUGCUGGCAGUGGCGCCCAGCACCUUCCAGGCCUACGCGGAGGCAGUGCAGCUGGAGAAGACAGCUAUGCAAGGAGAUCGCGUGCUUUGUGCCCAGCUGUGUCAGGUCACGGCGAAGUUCCUCGCAUCUCAGCACGUGGCCCUGCCACCUGGUCCGGACAUCGGCUGCUACCAGGAUCCCGAAGGUAAAGAUGUUUGUGGUGAAGAUCUUUCACCCCAGACCUUGGCCACGCGCUUUGCCAAUUCGGACCCCGGGG